UUCUCGAUCAACUAGCACAACAACUUUCUCAGUCAGUACCUAGCAGUCAACCAUCAAAUAAUAUAAAUACCUCUCAGCCAAUACUUAUACCUCAACCAGCUAUAGUACCAGUAGGAGGAAACAAUGACAAUGCCUACCUUCAAGUCAUACAAGGGCUAGCAGGAUGGCUUCAAGGAUAA